AUGGUCUCUGCUUCAAAGAUUAUUUAUUUAAUCUCUAUACUAGUUGCCAUUGCUUGUAUUAUUGUAUCGAUUGCCACUAAUCCAACAUGGAAUGAUAGUUCAAAUAAUUCCUCAUUGAGAGCUAACGGAGGACUUAGUAUAGCUGGGCUGGCUUUGUUAGUCAUAGCGGCUAUUCUUGCCAUUGUGUUAAUCUGCAGAGAUUAUUCCAGAACCUUGGUGAUUAUAAUACUGGUCUUGCUGAUUUUAGCCCUGAUCUGCUUUAUUAUUGCAUUGGCUAUUUAUGGUCAACAAAUUAAUUGGCAAGCAUGGUUAUUAUCGGCUAUGUGGGUAACGUUUAUUUGUAUUCUUAUCGCAAUAAUGUUCUUACUAAUUGAUGACGAUUAG